AUGCUCGACCUCAAUGAUUUUAUUACCGAACGCGGUGGCGAUCCUAAGAAGAUCAAGGAGAGCCAGCGCCGGCGCGGCGCCCCAGAGGAGGUGGUCGACGAAGUGAUUGCGCUGUACGAGGAAGCUCGCAAGACACGCUAUGGUGUCACCCAAAUUGGAUCCCAACUGAAUGCCCUACUCAAGCAGAUUGGAAUGAAGAAGAAGAACAAGGAAGAUGCUAGUGAGCUGAUUGCCGAGAAAGCUGAGCUGGACAAGAAAAAGAAGGAGGCCGAGGAUAAGGCCAUUCAGGUCGAGAAUGAGCGUGACCGCAAGAUCCGUACCAUUGGAAACUACGUCCACGAGUCCGUGCCCGUGAGCCAGACUGAGGAUGAUAACCAGAUCAUCAAGAACUGGAAGCCUGAGGACGCUGCCAUGGACCGACCGGGCUGUCUCUCUCACCACGAAGUUCUGACUCGACUGGACGGCUACGACCCGGAGCGUGGAGUGAAAAUUGUUGGACACCGCGGAUAUUGCUUGACUGGCUACGGUCUCUUCCUCAACCUCGCUCUGAUCAACUACGGUCUGGAGUUUUUGUUCAACAAGGGCUACAAGCCUAACCAGCCUCCGCAAUUCAUGCUGAAGGAUUUGAUGGCCAAAACUGCGCAACUGGAGCAAUUCGAUGAGGAAUUGUAUAAGGUUACCGAGAGCGAGGACAAGUCCACUGAUAAGUACCUCAUUGCAACCUCUGAGCAACCGCUGUCCGCUCUGCACGAUAGCGAGUGGCUGCAGGAGAAGGACCUGCCUAUCAAGUACGCUGGUUACAGCACAUGCUACCGCAAGGAAGCCGGUGCCCACGGCAAGGACGCCUGGGGUAUCUUCCGUGUCCACCAGUUCGAGAAGGUAAACAAACACCCAUCGACACCACCGAUUUUCCAAUCACAAGAGGCUGACACCCUACAGAUCGAGCAAUUCGUCCUGACCAAGCCUGACGAGUCGUGGAAAGCCUUUGAGGAGAUGAUGAACACCUCAGAGGAGUUCUAUCAGUCCCUGGGUCUCCCGUACCAGAUUGUUGCCAUUGUCUCUGGCGCUUUGAACAAUGCCGCCGCCAAGAAGUACGAUCUGGAGGCCUGGUUCCCCUUCCAGAAGGAGUAUAAGGAGCUUGUUUCCUGCUCCAACUGCCUAGACUACCAGUCCCGUGCUCUGGAGAUCCGAUUUGGCCAGAAGAAGGCCACCGACCUGAAGAAGACCUACGUGCAUGCGUUAAACGCUACCCUGUGCGCCACCGAGCGUACUCUUUGCUGUGUCCUGGAGAACUACCAGAGGGAAGAUGGUAUUGUGGUCCCCGAGCCACUGCGCAAGUUCAUUCCCGGAUCCCCCGAAUUCCUCCCAUACACCAAGGAGUUGCCCAAGGAUACUACGUCGCAGAAGGUCAAGGCUAAGCAAGAGGCCAAGCAGGCAAAGGGCGCUGACGAUGCGGCCAAGAAGAUGCAGGGACUGCAGGUGUAG